GAAAGCAGCGCGUCGCUGACCCGGCGGGCGGCUUCGGCGACCCCGCGGAGCAGGGUGUGCGGGGCUCCCGGAUGAGCAUGCACCCCGAGGCCUCGGGGCCCGCGGUGGACGGGCGGGCGGGGCAGGGCCGCGCACAGGAGCCGGGCGUGGAGCAGUCGGCGGGCGACCACGGGGACGCAGGCCCGGCGGGCCGCAAGGAAGAAAUUAAUGACCCGAAGGAAACAUGUGUGAGUCCUUCUGACACAUCUUACCCAAGCAAGCAGAAACAGAGUGGUGACAGCAGGUCGGGCAGUUGCUUAGCAAAUGAGAGAGAUGACCAGGAAAAUCACAGCCCCAGAAUGACUAAAAGUUUCCUGCAAAAACUCUGCAAGCAACACAAGCUUUAUAUUACCCCAGCAUUGAAUGAUACACUGUAUUUACACUUUAAAGGUUUCAAUCGGAUCGAGAACUUGGAAGAGUACACAGGGCUACGUUGUCUCUGGCUGGAGUGCAAUGGAAUACAGAAAAUCGAGAAUCUGGAAGCCCAGACCGAAUUGCGCUGCCUCUUCUUGCAAGUGAACCUGCUUCAUAAAAUCGAGAACUUAGAAUCUCUACAGAAACUGGAUGCUCUUAACCUGAGCAACAAUUACAUCAAGACCAUUGAAAACCUCUCCUGUCUGCCAGUCCUGAACACGCUCCAGAUGGCCCACAACCACUUAGAGACUGUGGAAGACAUUCAGCAUCUGAAGGAGUGUUUGAAACUUUGCGUCCUUGACCUUUCCCACAACAAGCUGAGUGAUCCAGAAAUCCUGAGUGUCCUGGAGAGCAUGCCUGACUUGCGCGUACUGAAUUUGAUGGGAAACCCCGUUAUCAGGCACAUCGCUAAUUAUCGAAAGACUGUCACCGUUCGGCUGAAACACUUAACAUACCUGGAUGACAGGCCAGUUUUCCCAAAGGACAGAGCUUGUGCAGAGGCCUGGGCCAGGGGAGGGCUUGCAGCGGAGAAGGAGGAGAGAGAGAAGUGGGAGAGCAGAGACCGGAAGAAGAUUGAGGACAGCAUUGAAGCCCUAGCAAUGAUCAAGCAGCAGGCAGAAGAGAGAAAGCGGCAGAAAGCCAGCCAGGAGGGAGGGGAGGAGCCAGUGCCAGAGGAGAACCAGAACGUGGAUGCCAGCAUGCAGGGGAAGGACAAGUCUCAUGAGGAGCAGGAGAGGCAGCAGAAAAUGGAGCUGUUUGUCAGGGAAAGCUUCGAGGCCAAGGAUGAGCUAUGCCCGGAAAAGCUGAGUCUUAUAGAGGAGCUGCCUGUGGAGGUCAGCAGGCAGACUGAAGACCAGGAGCCGGGGGUGCUGCUCCUGGGGGAGGCCCUGAAGCCGGCCGCCCCCAGAGCCACCUGCAAAGAACCGGCCCCCGACACUGUGGCCCCCAACACCGCGAGCCCUGAGACUGUGGCUGGAGAUGAAGAUUUGGAGGUGAAGGAGAAGCUCUUCAUCGAUGACCUGCCGGACUUGGAGGACGCUGAUGUGGGCGAGGCUCUGGACGGCCAAGAUGAGAUGUGCUUUCCAAAGGUGACAGCCAUCUCGAGCUUGAGUGAUGACAGUGAACCCGAACUGGAUUACUCCUCACUCCCAGUCCUGGAAGACACCCCAGAUGCGCUUUCAAACAUAUUCGCAAUCCCCAGGGACACCUCCAGGAAGGCUGAGACACCCUUUACAGACAUAUUUAAAGCAGCUAAGAGGAACUCGGAAACCCCAAGUAGAGACACCAAGUCCCCACGCCCGCUGAUCCAGGAGCUCCACGGCGAGGAAGCUUCAGACCAGUCACCAAGGUCGCCAACCUGCCAAAGGGACACCACACCACCCCUACCACCCCCUUCCAGUGAGGACGGGGACAGUGACCUGCUUCCAGCCUCUUCCCCAGAAAACAUCACCAAAGAGAAUGAGGCGCUGUCUGAGCCCGAGCUUGUGGAGCGUGAGGCGGAAGGAGACCGAGAAGACAUUGAAUUUGGCUUGGACUGAACCCUCAAGUGGCCCUUCUGCCCCCACACUAAUGGGGACAGCUGGUGGCUAGGGCCCUCCAUGGGCUCAGGUCACCCCCUUGACUGGGCUCCCCUUCCUUCCUGAGAGUGCUCGGGGCCUCCGCUGCCCCUCCACUGGUGCCUCUGCAAGCGUGCGACAGCCGUGUUCCUGUUCUCAAAGCAGGACACGACUGACCUCCCCCGGUUCUGUGGCAUAAGCUGUGUAACUGAGCAUUACAGACAUUUUAGCAUCCACGUGA